CCCUCUUUUCCUCCAUUCAUCUUCCAAGAUCUCAAUUCCCUAGUUAUAUCAAAAAUGUCUACCGAAGAUCCCAAACCCAGCCAAACAUAUCCUGGCUCCUGCCACUGCGGUCGUGUCACCUUUAAAGUCAAAUCUCCUCCUCUCUCCGACCCCGCUGCUGGCGUCGCGAGCUGCAAUUGCAGCAUUUGUUCUCGACAUGGAUAUAUCUUUAUCUAUGUCCCUCACGCCGAUCUCACAUUUGAUAAGGGAUCUUUUGGCGAGCUGACUCAAUAUACGUUCGGCUCUCAUCGUAUGGGGCAUUACUUCUGCCCGACCUGUGGCACAUCGUGUUUUGCGAAGAGCCUGGAUCCUACCUUUUAUGGGGAACAUACAGCUGUUAACGUGCGUGCGCUUCAUGAUGUCGAUCUGAAGAGUUUGACUAUGAAGGAGCAUGAUGGGAAGAGUAUAUGAGGAGGGUGUAGGGGUAGGGGACGAAGGCUUUGUAGGAGCUGAAAAACUAUAUUGUGACGAUGGACCUCGAGGAGAUGCUGACACGAGGAACGCGAUGUUGGGAGUCAUCCAUCUAGAUGUCUGCCCUCAAUCCUGCUUUUUCCUCCAUUUCCUCUAUUCCUCACAAUGUAAUCAAUUCUUCCCCUCUUCGUUCCACAAGAAAAAAGAUGCAGGAGUACUUUAGGAUGGAUAUUGGUACCCUCUUGAUAUUCUUCCUAAGUCUCCUAGCGAUCAACCAUAGGACGAAAACAGCUGUAGAUAGCCCUGUUCAC